AUGUUGUUGUAUGCGGACCAGCCAACGCCUCCUUUCAACUCACCCUACCAACAACACGCAACGAGAACAUCAUCGCUGCUCGAGUCACCUUACCCUUCGCCAGUUCGACACGAAUCUCGACCCAAAUAUCCACACGGUCUUGGGCUUUACGAAUACCAGCAACCUUUGCCUACUGGUCUACCUCCGUCUCCCCAGCCAUCCGAAGCCUGGGGUGGUCAAUUCUCUGCUGGCGCCUCUCCUCUUAUGCCCGAAGCCAUUGCAGACCCCUGGACUUCAGGAGCAUUCGAUCAUCCGGUGUCGCGGUCGCCGCUGCCCUGGAAUUCUGCUCAGACAUCUCCGCGCUCUUCGCUAUCAUCCUACACCCGCGAAAUGUCCGUCUUUUCGCACGAAGACUCAGAGCAGGCGUUCCCUGGAGUAAAGCUUGAAGGCUCAGCAUGGGGCUCAGAAGUACAGUUUAGUGCAGACGCAUCAACAGCAGAGAUGAACGGCAUCUCAAACUCAAGAGCGACUCCGCUCACUGUCGCUCCUGAGCGGCUCAAAGCUGGUCUCUACCCCUAUGAGACUGCCUAUCCUCCUUCACCAAUGCCCAGAUACGUAUCCACGGCCCUAUAUGACUAUGGAGGCCCGAAAUUCGAACGGGCACCGUCAGAAGAGAGUCUCGGCAGCAUCCGCUCUAGGGACAAUUCCAGCUAUACCGCUGGAGGCGUAGCCCGAGAGCGAACGCGGAAUCGACGACACACGAAUCCUGCCCAUGCCGCAUAUCGCUGCCAACUUUGCCCUGAUAAAGGUUUUGCGCGGAGAUACAACUACAAUCAACACAUGUUGACACACGAUACCUAUCGCAAGAAGGAUAACAUAUGCAAUUAUCCCGGCUGCGGCAAGGAAUUCGUCCGCAAAACCGAUUUGGCGCGUCACGAUCAGAGCGUACACCAAAGGGCGAAACCCUUCAAGUGCGCAAAGUGUCCUUCUGCGUUUUCACGCAAAGAUACGCUGCGCCGACAUGAGGAAGAUGGCUGUCCUCGUCGUAAUCAAGUACCGGUCACUGGCCCUCACAUGCUUCAACAGUUGCGAAACGACGGAUAUUAA